AUGUCUUACUACGAUCCUUUCCACUCCAUGCCCCAACAGUUCAUGGCUCAACCGUACUACCAAAUGUACUCGCAGGGUUCGGCCGAACAACCAGUUCAACCUCAGUUGGACCAUUCUUUCAGGGCAAGAAAUGGCUACGACUUCUAUCCACAAUACGGUGGCGAAGAGGUGCGUGAUCCACGUUUGGACGAGACCGCUCAAAUGCACAAUCCAGAGGUUUAUGAGGAUAAGUACUACAUGAACAGCGGCUCUUCUGAGUCUGACGAGCUUUCGUCCCAGAUUCAAAGACUCUACUUGCAUGAUCAAGUGGGAAACAACCGUUCGUUCCAAGAACCCAUCUCGGCUCUUUCUCAAACCUCGUUCGGUCUUCCGGGCGAAAUCGCGCCAUCGGCAAACAACUCUGCUUCUGAUUUUCUUUUCAACGGAAAUACUGGUCCAAGUAUUUCUCAAGCGCCAAAUCAAACUGCGCAAGGCCAACCCCCUUCAAGAACUGUUUACUUGGGUAACAUCCCGUCUGACAUUGAGCCAAACGAAUUGUUGGAUUACGUCAGAAGCGGAAUUUUGGAGAACGUGAAAAUAUUACCAUCGAAAAACUGUGCUUUUAUUUCUUUUGUGGAUCAGCAAUCCGCAUUGUUGUUCCACUCUGACUGCAUUUUGAAGAAAUUGAACAUUAAGGGUAAUGACAUCAGAGUCGGUUGGGGAAAGAACUCGCAGAUCCAACCGGCCGUCAAGGAGGCAAUCCAACGUGAUGGUGCUACUCGUAAUGUCUAUUUGGGAAACUUACAUAACCCCGUCACUGGACAAAUGAUCUCAGAGGAGGAGUUGAGAGAAGAUUUGUCCUGUUACGGAGUUAUUGACUGCAUUAAAAUUAUUGCCGAAAAAGGUAUUGCAUUCAUUCAUUUCUUAUCAAUCUUGAGCGCUGUAAGGUGUGUCUCGAAUUUACCUUUGAAAGACAAAUACUUGGACAAGAAGUGCUUCUAUGGUAAAGACAGAUGUGCUUUCAUUACCAAGACCCAGCAACACAACGCUGCUCAGUACUUGGGCUUGGCUCCGGGUAUGGAGCAUGUUGUCACUGCUGCCGACAGAGAGUUUAUUUCCUCUGCUUUGGUUCAACAAUCUGCUGCCGCUGCACAAAUUGCAACUCAAGCUGGAGGUGCCAACAACUUAGGUAACAGAACUGUUUAUUUGGGUAACUUACAUCAAGAUUCUUCUGUUGAGGAGAUCUGUAACGUUGUCAGAGGUGGUUUAUUGCAAAGUAUCAGGUUUUUGAAGGAGAGACACGUUUGCUUUAUCACGUUCAUCGAUCCUAUUGCUGCUGCUCAAUUCUUUGCCAUGUGUCAACUUCAUGGCUUGACUAUCCACAACAGAAGAAUUAAAGUGGGUUGGGGAAAGCACUCUGGCCCAUUGUCGAACGCAUUGUCUCUUGCUGUCUCUAAUGGUGCUUCUCGUAAUAUCUAUGUCGGUAACAUUACCAACUUCGAUUACUUCAAUUAUCAAAAAUUGAGAGAAGAUUUCUCGACAUUCGGUGAUAUCGAACAAAUCAAUUAUCUCGAGGAGAAAAAUUGCGCGUUCAUCAAUUUUGUGAACAUCGCUAAUGCUAUAAAGGCAAUUGAUGGCAUCAAGUCAUUGGAAGAUUACAAGAGUUUGAAGAUCAACUUUGGUAAGGACAGAUGUGGCAAUUUGCCUCGCCAGUUCCAAAACCUGCCACAAUCUGCUGACUCUUACAAUGGACCACGUGGCUUUUCGAAUCCAUCCUUGCAGCCACAAAGAAGCAGUGAAAGCUCCCUUUUGUCUGAGUCUGAAUUACUGUCCGAGAAGGCUCAAGGGCGCUAA